AUGACCAGAGUUGAUGCUUCGAGCGCCGGCGCCGGAAGCAUGGAGAUCAUCGUUUCGGUCGACGGUAGAAACGUUCCAAAUUACGUGCAGUCAGAGGGAAACGCAAAGUUCAAGGUGACGUUCACGCCACAAGAACCUAAGGUGCACAUGAUCAGCGUCAAGUUCAACGACGAGCCGGUUCCAGGCAGCCCUAUGGUGUGCAAAGUCAGCGACACUGUGGCUUGCGUCGCUAGUGGCGACGGUCUUGCAGUGGCGAACGUCAACGAGGCGGCAUCUUUUCUUGUGUGUGCCAGCAAAUACUCGGGUGAUGACUGUAACGUCAUCAUUACAGGUACCUGAUG